UAUAGACAACUUCUUCUUCUUACAGAGUCAAAAUCAAAUCGAGAAUUGGUUGUAGGAAAAUCAACAUCACCACCAUAUCGUUCUUCCGCCAUAUUAAAUAUCUUCUACCAUCUCCAACUGCCAUUGACAGCUAUUCUCCACCUCUCUCCUUCUUCUCUUCUCUUCCCAGAAAGAGUAAAGAAACAAACUUUCAAACCUCAGCGACUCAAAAAUGGGUUCUUCUCCUUCCAAAACCGCUUCUUCUACGACAAUGAGUUCACCUUCUCCGGCGAUCCACAGAGCUUUCUCUUUCCCGACGCCGCUGGUUCACCACCCUCCGGCAAGAAAAGGCGACACUCACCACCUCGUCUCCCUCACCUCCACCUCCUACGGUUCUCUCCUCCUCAUCGACCUCCACGAACCCAAAACCGCCUCCGAUCGUAUCUCAAUCUCCGGUCCAGACCCGGUCUCACUCGACUCGUUCUCUCCUGACUCAGUCAUCAACACGUGGGAGCUUAUGGACGGCUUAGACGACGACGAGGAGUUCGAGUUCGAAAGCCCUAAACUCGGUAAGCCUAUCUCCAGCCUAGAUUCGGAUCUUUACCCUAAACCCGACCCGGAUCGGAUUGUGUCGGCUUUGAAAUUAGACGAGUCUUACGAGUUCGCAUUCGAAAGCCCUAAGCUUUGUAAGCCUAUCUCAAGUUUAGAUUCGGAUCUUUUCCCUAAACCCGACCCGGAUCCGAAUGUGUCGGCUUUGAAACUAGACGAGUCUUACGAAGUCGUGAGAGUCGAACAAGAAGUAGAAGAUGGUUGGGUCCCACUAUCUUAUAAACCAAAGCAACCUCUUUGGAAGCAUUUGUCUGAAGAAUCUUUCUUGUCUGGUUUAGAUCCUAUCAUUGUCUCUUCUUACAAGAAAGCUUUGCCCGCUAGUGCACUGAGUACUACACAGGCCAAAGCAGAAGACAAGAUUGUACUCUACUUCACAACCCUCAGAGGGAUUCGAAAGACUUACGAGGACUGCUGUUGCGUUAGAACGAUAUUAAAAGGGUUUCAAGUGACUGUAGACGAGCGUGACAUCUCAAUGGAUUCUAAAUACAGGAAAGAGCUUCAAAGCACGCUCGGGGAUGCGGAGAAACCGGUUUGUUUGCCUCAGGUGUUUAUCGGGGAUACCCACAUUGGUGGAGUCGAGGAGGUUAUGAAGCUAAACGAUAGCGGCGAGUUAGCUGAGAUGUUGAAAGGCUUCUCUGUUUGUGAAUGCUUGGGGACAUGCAGGAGCUGUGGUGAUGCAAGGUUUGUGCCUUGUAACAACUGUGAUGGUAGUACUAAAGUGUUUGAGGAGGAAGACGAAAUGUUCAAGCGGUGUUCGAAGUGCAAUGAGAAUGGAUUGGUGCGUUGUCUUGAGUGUUGUAUCUAAGUAAAGUGUGGGUGUAAGGGGGUUUAGAGUGAUUGUAUGAAUUGUGAGAGGUGAACAAGUCUUAUUGGUAUUGGGUUUAGUAUUUGUAUAUUACAAUAAGAAAUGGCUUCAAGGCAAGCUAAUUAUUACUAAGAUGUUAUUGGUUUCCCAAUUA